AUGGCCACUUUCAGCCUGUCUGAACUGGUCUGGUAUUCAGAUGAACUCUAUUUCAAACUUGAUAAUGGAUGUAUGUUUUCUUGGGAAGCCAAGCACUUGAAAAAAUGUAACUAUGACGAAGCAGUUCAUUCAAAAAAUUCUUUCAACAAGACGCAUACAAGUAAAGAGCUCCAGGCAGUUUUAAUCUACGACAAUACAAUUUCGAAUAUGAUGAGAAUCAGAAGAAUGUUGGCUUUAAGCUUCAUUGCUGCCAUGGUACCCAACAUGCAUGGGGAGUAUGUCGAGUCUGACUAUGCCAACUACUAUGACGAGAUUGCCCAGGCAACGUGUACAGCCAUGAACACAGCAGGUGGAUGGACCUACGCUGUUCGCAGACCAUGUCCAAGUAUUAGAACGUGUCUCACCAUUUGCCAAGAUCCCAACUUGAGAAAACAAGAUGGACAAGUAGCAAAUCGGGGAAUUUCAUGCGUCAACUCCCUCCACGUAUACCAUAAUCGACCAAGGUUCACACACGGGGCGGUGGGAAAUGAGAGGUUGGGAUUGAAGACUUACAAUUAUAAUUCAUGUGGAGCAGCGGGAUGUGGGCCGAACUAUUGCUGCUGCAAAGCGUAGUUAAGGGAAAGGAUGAGUUAGAUGCCCCGUUGUGCACAUAUAUUAACACUAACAGAGUAAUGCAGAUUCAAAACAAACUUAGGAUUUUAAGGAAAUGUUCUGGAAUAAGCAUGGGAAUAGUUAGAUUAAAUAACAUAUGAUAAUCGAUUAUAAUUAAAUAAAAAAUGAUGGCAAAUUGUGCUUUUAUGUGUAUCUCUAUAUGUAAUUGGUAAUUUUGGAACUCUGUAUAUUAGUAAGUACUUACUAAUUUUGGAUGUUUAUAAUGAUAUGAGUCUUGCAUUGGUUUUGCAUAGAAAAAUCCAUCAUGCUCCUCUAACCCUACUAUCACACCAAAC